AUGUCGUUCUUUUUCGGUCGGCGGCAUUCUGUCUCAGGUGCGCCACCUCCAGGAGGUGCGGCGCCCGCCAGUUCCGGCAGACGAAGGAAAUCGCUGCCACAUACUCUGCGACCUCAUAAUGAAGGUCUCCACGAGCAAGGCUUCUUUCAUAGGCUUUUCGAAAGACAUCAGCAUUCUGAAGCAACAGAUCCUGCGGUGGUAACGGGGGUUCACGACACGGUGGACAAAAAUAAUACCGCAUUGGCUUCAAAAGAGCAAGCCAGUUCUGAGAAACUCCCUGAGCCGAGCCAUGUGAAGUCGACUGCCAAACCGCACCGUCAUAGACAUGUAAUCACGUCUUCAGAGCCGCAGCUGAGCAAUAAAGACAUCGCAGUCCUAUUCUCCGGGGCGCCGUAUUUCCUUCUCGAGGGGAAUGACAAGACGGGCCACUUUUCUCCACAAGUAAUUUUCCCUUUUGACGACCACGACCCUUUCGUCCAGAAUUUAUGGGACAGGAAGCCCCUUGCUCAUGCCUCAUAUACAUUAUGCACCCUCCAUGCCCACCUGCCGCUACCGGACGGAUGGGUAAUCAGAGGGGAGACCCCUAUCCGUCCGGAAUCCUGGAAACGGACUGGAGCUCCCAAGAGAGCCAGUUUUGAUGUCGGCAUUUUCGAGACUCCCAAUAUGCUUUCUAUGAACGGGAAAGACCCGGGAUCGGUGGGCUAUCGUCAUUUCCUAGAGCUUCCCGUCAGUGAUUCAGCACGAUAUAUCGGCCCUGCAAGGCUGAGGCCAAUGUUGGAUUAUGUGCAGCUUUCAAGAUUGCCCGCAAUUAAAGCGUAUGAGCUAAUGGAACACUAUAACGACCCCUACUCCCGAUGCGCAGAUGGCACCGUACAUGACAGGAAACAGCUCCUCAGAGAGGGGCCAUCGGCCUGGAGGAGUAUCGGAGUUCGCGACAUUGACCUGAAUUCGCUGGUAGCGCGUCUACAGAAUCUGACUAGCCUCCGUCACGAGAUAUUGCAUGGAAAGAGGGUAACCACAAUUCUCGAGCGCGAAUCGGCCCAAGACCUGUCCAAUGAACUGUUCACAAAAUUCCUCUAUCCACUGCCUCGUUUCUUGUGGAGCGGUGUGGAUAAUCCUCACGGGAUCAAGGCCCAGAUCAAGGCUCUGACUGUUGUGCUAGCGACGCCAGGGGCAUGGGUAGACUUCAGCUUGGUGGAGUGGCGAUUACGCGCCGGUCAGCUUCUCUGGGAGGCUGCGCCACAUGCAGAUGGUGACUUUUUUGACCCUAGCGUCUGCCAGAAGCCAUGGAUGCACCCUACUAUAGAACGCAAAUGGUACCUUGUGCAGAUGCUGCUUGCUGCCGAACUGCUUCUGCGUCUGGACGCAACGGUCCGUGUGGGGAUCCUGGGCCACUCCAAUGAGCUAUCUAUUUCCUCGGAAGACAUUCACUACUUCAACGUCACCCGGAACGCCAAAGUCGACUGGGACAUUGUGGUGCUGCGGCGCUUAGUAGACAGCUUUAAUGCCAGCUACAGCCCCAACAAGCCAGGAAUCGCAUCUGGCGACAACUCUCUUUCUUCCACACAUCCAAGUGAUAAGCAACAUCAUCGUGUCUUCGACGGCCUAUUUCAUAGACAAUCGUCCCCAUCGAAAGUGGGUCCCGAGUCUUCCUGGAACUGUCACCUCGUCCCGACCCGUAUCAGCCAACAACUGCAGGGCCUGUUCGUGUUUGCCGAAAAUAUCGGUUGGCCCGGUUUGGAGGCCUUAAAGGAGCGGCUAUGUCCCAGUAUUGGAAAUUUCACGGCUAACCGAACGAUCGUAGACGCGUACAAUAGCCCUGUCCACAAUGCCGUACCAGAUGGUCUUGAGAUGGGAUCCAGAGUAGACGAAAUGUACAGUCGGAGCCCAUCGCGUCGGCGAUUGUUGCUGCAUUGCUCUCAAGAUCCUCUGGAAAUCGGUGGCUGGAUCACACGAAGCUGGCUUUCUGGCUUCGUUAUCCCAGGAGAGAUGGUCAGUCACAUACUGAUGGCUACGAUCCUAGAGAACGACCCGGCAGCUAUGGCUCAGCUUGGGCCGCUUGCUAACCUUUACGGCGGAUUUUCAUACUCUGGACGAAGUUGGUGGAGCAAACAGUGCUUCAUCGCCCGAGUGCUAGCCAGCCUGGAAGGCACCAAGGAGUGUAUGGGGUGGCUCAGCAGUCCCAUUCUCCCCAGAGACUCUCAGACAUCUGAGGAUAUACACAGCCGAUGGUUCGAGGUUGUCGUAAAACCCGCACCAAGGAAUCCAGGUGUACCUCGCAUUAAGCAAGGAAAGAAAGUCGCCCUCGAUUCAACUUUCCUUCCCUCAAGCAACCUCAUGAGCGGUGCGUUCUCCUUACCAACCGAUGGUCCCAUGAGCGGAGAAUCGAAGGUCAAGAUAACCUUUGAGACGCUGGACUUUUCCGGGCACGAUGAGCAACCGCUACAGGGCGAACCGCAUCUAGUGGUGUACAAAGCCUCCAUGUCUUUUUGCCUAAACUCGGACAUCUUAAGAUCCCCGCGAACAGUCUCCUUCCCGCUGACAUUCAACGUGAAUUUCAUUGCAUCGUACGGGUGCCGACCGCCAGCCGGGUUCGCUCCACUUCCAGCUUCACCAUCUAUGCCGGGGACCAACCACAACACAUCUUCAGCAUCCCACAAGCACCACCGUCUCCCCGGGCAUCCACUGCAUUCCAAAUACUCGUAUAAAGUGAUACCGAUUGACGCCUUGGCCGAACCGGAUGCGCUGGAAAAGUUUUCCGAGGAGGAUAGCGUUGCCGGACUCGAACGGCGUCAAGUGAUCGUGUUGGAUGCACGCGGCUCUCGCGACAAGGAAACAUUUGCCAGAGCGUGGUGUGCAUCAGCGGGAUAUAAUGCUAUUAUCGGAAGGGUUGGACGGACAUGCCUAGCGUGUUGCAUCCGCGAAGCCUGCGCCAUUAGCGUCAAAAUCGUGAUUCGUGUAGAUGAUGGUCCCUCUUGCCGAACACCAUGUGUCCAGACGAUACCGAUGCAAGAGGCAAAUGAACAGUAA